AAAAGAUUUGAGAUUACUUCGAUUAUUACACAUACCACAAGCAUCCAGUGUGCUCCAAAGUUCACAUGACACAGCCAAAUGUCCUCUAAAGGAAAUUUCAUCUGUGGGAUGAUAAUUUGACUUGCAUCAUGAAGUUACAUGUUAUGUAUUAUGUUACAGGUAUGUAAUUACCAUCAACUUUUGGAUUACUUAAAUACCUUUAGCAGACAUCCAGAAAGGCCAGAAAAUAUUCAUUCUAAAUACUUAUACUACUUGUUUCGACGGUCAUUCUUUUAUGAACCAGAUGUGGACAUUAGAGCUGCUGUGAGAGUCUGAUGCAGCACUGGGUUGGAAUUUUCCUGAUUUUUAGUUUGGCAAGAAAAGUUGCUGUAUUGCUUCUUUAUAACAUCUGACAGUUGUUUCCUCGUGAAGGCCUGUUCCUCAUUGUAGGCAGCGGAGCGGGAUCUCAGAGCAUCGCAGAUGGUUUUAUCUACCCACGGCUUCUGGUUGGGAAACAUCAUAAUGGUGGUUUUCUGCACGUAUCAUCUGCUAGUUUCUAGAUGAAUCCCCAUGCAUUGUAGAGGGCAUCAGAGCUGCGCCUGCGCCUGCGCAGUUCUCUCCAGUAAGAAAGUCGGUCUUGCCCACUGCCACGUCAGCAUUCUUUAUUUUCCUGAAUGAGCAAGACAUCUUUGGUUCAACUCCACCACCUGCAGCAUAAAGUCUAAAGAAGAAAGUAAACUGGAAGAAUCUGUCACUUUCUCAGCAGAUACAGAGUCAGGCAGAUUAUUGAAAGCCUCUAUGUCUGACUUCCGCAAUUUUCCACUCUCACCAUCAGAGCUCUCAGGUGCCUCUAUAAGGCCUUAUGACUUUUAUGAAAUAUCUGAAGAUGACGAUGGCACGUCCAGGACUCUCCACCUUCAACCUGGACUGAAUAAUUGUACAUUCACUGGCCUUGUGUUUGAGGUGAAAGAGGAAGGUAAAGUGAUGUAUAAAGUAAAGCCUUGUGACAUGUAUGGAAUGCAGCACAUGGAGCCAGCAGGACCUCUGUACAGUAUCAAGCAUGUUGAAGGUUCAAUCCAUCGCCUGCACCUUCCACACUGUGAGACCCGUACAGAUGGGGUUAAAUUUAUUCCAGCUCAGGUGACUGGUGGAAAAGUGGAGAUCUUUCAGCCUGUAGAAGUAACAGACACACACGUGAUCAUAGAAGUUAAACAAGUUCCCUCAGGUUUUGGUGUCCUAAAGCUAUACCCAUUCUCAGGGAAUCCCAUCAGAGCCCAGGUCCUACUGUUCUAUGACCAAAGUCUGACUAAACUUAACAUCCAUGUGUUGCCAGCGAAUGUCCCAGUUGAAGAGGUGCAGAGGAAACAUGAGGGCAUGACAUACAUAUCAAGCUCUGCAUGUCAGCUGACCCCUGGUAAAACAUACAGGCCGAUCUGUAGAACUGGUGACCGUGAUUAUGUUUGCCAACCAGAGGAGGAGAUGUUUAAGUGUGACUUCGGUCCCAACUUCCGCCCUACAUUUGAGGUGUUCCUCAAUUCUGAUGUUAAUCGUGUCACACUAAGUCUCUUGGAAGGCCUGGUCGUGUGGACGCCUCGUGAUGUCUUACUUCCAGGUGCAGGUGGAGCCUCAAACCAGUAAAGAUUCACCUGGUACAGGAUGGAAUUACAGUAAUCUUCCUAGGCUCCAAUACUGGUUCUCAGCCAACAAUAAAUAAAUAAAUAAAAAUAAGCCUCAAAUAGUUACUACUACUACUAUCACUACUACUGCUACUGCUACUACUACUACUACUACUACUACUACUACUACUACUACUACAGCUACUACUACUGCUAAUAAUAAUAAUAAUAAUAAUAGACACUGUAGAGGGACCAGACACUGUACCUAGCUGGAGAACUCACAGAACUCUGAAUCGCUUUCCUUUUUCUUAUGUUUAUGUAUUCUCCUAUAAUAGAAUUUCUAAGAUUAAUUUUGCUUAUUUGUACUGUGAAAAAAAGUGGCCAGACUCGACAGUGAAAUCCAACUUGUAAUAGCAAUGUUACAAAAUCUAUAAAAGCUUGUCUUGAAUUA